AGAAAUCCAGGGUGUACAUUCGGGGGAUGUGGAAUUACAAACAAUGUUGAUAAAAUCCAUUGCAUCCAUUCACUGUUGCAUUUGAAAUUCUGCACACAAUUACCUCAUCAUAUAUUAAUUUUGCUUGCAGGGUAAAAUGCUUCGUGACGCUUAUCUCUAUAAAAUUGUCUUAUGGUUGGAAUAUGUAAAACAACUUUGAAAAAUUAUUUUAUGUCUUUAUAAGACCUGUUCCUAGUUGAUUACUGCAACACGAAACACCUUCCCUUCGUACCUCACUCCCUCGGGACGGUGUAGGAGGGGUUAGAUUGACGGACCGGAAGUGGAGGCGUGGGACAGGUUAGAGGGAGGGACCUCCUUGGAUACCGGAGAGGCGUUGCCAGGUACAACCCAUAGGGAGGGUAGUGAGGAGCAAAGACAAAGUCGGAUGCAACAAAGAGGAAUGUAUAGAGGAUUGAGUAUGUAGAGCUAGCAGGAAUGGGAAUGAAUAAACUCUGUCCGAGAAACACAAAGCUAGAACAAUGUGUGCAGACAAUAAGCAAUCAAUCUUAGACAGCUCUGUGAAGGUAAGAACCCUGCAGGUUACUGACAUAGAAACAACUGGGCAUACACCUCAACGUAAGGUCAUUAUAAAGCUUCACCUUAGUUCAUCCAUCCAGAGAGAUAACCCAAAGCCUCAGCAGAUGGAAGGCGAUGCUGAUCUCCAUAUAAAAGAAGAUUUGUGUUGAUAUCAAACAGAGGACAGAGUGUUGGCAGCAUUCUCCUGUCGAUCAGAUAAAGUGCUCAGAGACGCUCUGGCUUAAAAGCACUGAGAAUUACAUCUUACAUCAUGCUGGCCAGCAAGCUGUUUACCGGACUAUCAGAUCCCUCCAGUUAAUGCUUUGUUGCCAUGGGGAAACUGCAGAGUAAGCAGAAACGCAACAUAUCCCGAUACAGGAUUGACGGCGAUGCAGGUCACAGUUCUGUCACUCAAGUGGUUCAACAAUACAGUCCUGCACAUAAUGAUGCUGUGACAUCAUUAGCCUCUCUUACAUCUGAUACCUGUGUGUCUGGAGGAAAGGACAAGACAGUGGUCAUAUAUGACUGGAAAUCUGGUUGUGUGCAGCAGAAAUUCAUGGGCCAUGAACGUGAUGUGACCAAGGUAACCUGCCUCUUUCAGUCAAACAGGAUCUUCAGUGCUUCACGUGAUAAAACAGCCUUAAUGUGGGAUAUGUAUAAUAAAGCUGGACCACUACAGGAGUUUACAGGGCAUGAACUGAUGGUGUCCGGCCUAGCCGUGAGCCCAGAUGGUUUGAAACUAUGUACAGGAUCGCGGGACAAUUCCAUCUGUGUCUGGGACGUGGAGACAGGAGACUGUCUACAAAGCUGCCAUAUUUCCAGGAAUCUGGUGACACACAUCUGCUGGAUUCCUGCAGAAUCACUUGUAAUUCAGACCUCAGAGGACAAGAUGAUCAGAAUCUGGAAUAGCCGCGAACUCCAGGUGACUCACACUUUCCCAAUAAAACAGCACAUCCAAACAUACUGUGAUGCCAGUGCUGAUGGGCGAUACUGCAUUACCUGCAGCAAUGGUUUUAGCGGCGAGGGCUGUGAAGCCACACUAUGGGAUCUGAGACAGGCAAAACGUAAGGUGUGCGAGUACAACGGACACCUACAGACCACUACAGCCUGUAUAUUUCUUCCAAAUGCAACUUCUUCAUUCCCCUUAGUUGCAACCUCAGGUCAUGACUGCACUGUGAAGAUCUGGAAUCGUGACACUGCAGUCUGUGUGAGUUCCCUUUGCCUGGAUGGUGCAGGACCCCUGACGUCAUUAGCUUCCAGUGAUGCUGCAAAUUUGCUGUGCGGCAGUUUUAAUACAGGAAUUCACCACCUCCGAGUGAACCAUUCAAACAGCUGGAGCCUGACUGAGGUGGCGAGGUUCUGAGCAGGCUGAUCAAGUGUGACAAUGUAGCAUUACAGCUGGGAUCAUGCGCAGCAGGUCCUUAGCUAAUCAGCAGUCGAUGGGUGAAAAAAGCAGUGAGCUCUGGUUUUGGUCAGUUUUCUACUCUGAAUCUUGUCUAUGUAUUAUGUGGAUCUCAAGAAUGAUGAUUAGAGUGAUUUGGUUCUGAUUCAUUUAUUACACUGAAUUUAUAUCAUGAUUCAUUUGUUCCUUAUUCUGAAAGUGGUUCAGACAGGAACCAUUGGGUCAUUGAAUCGACUGAUUGAAGCAGAAGGUGAAAGAAGGCAAUGGCUGGGGAGGAGGUGAGCCCUUAACUGCUCCAGGGCAGGUUAUUAUUUUCUUUUAUAUUUCAAACUUGUAAGUACAGUGCUACUUCUGUAUCCUGCUGAUCCCUCUUACCUUCACAAAGUCAUUACUGUCAAAUGUCAUCCAUAUGCUUACUGCAAAAGCAUAGCCCACUUGAUCAGAGUCUGUACUAUGUGGUGUUACACUAAGGAAGAAAAACAGCUGUAUCCAGGUAUUCUGCAAAUCUGUUAGUGAGUUCAAUUUAGUCAUGAUGUGAGAAAAGCUGGGUGAAUAACAGAAAGAAUGCGAAUGUGUCAGGGGAAGUGAUGACAAUGCAAUACAGCAGCAUUGUAACUAUGCAGUGCCUCCUGCUGGCAACUGACCUCAAUCUGGUGCUAUUCAGUUUGUACAUGGCUCCUCCAUACAUAGUUCCUACUGAAUAAUUGGCGGAGAACAGAGGAAAGAGCAUAACUGAUGGGAGAAUUGGUAUUUAUAAUAUCAUUUCUGUGCUAUUUUAAUUGGAACGUUUCUCUCGUCUGUAAUGUUCUUACUGGAUUGUUUUUGUGAUAACUGUUGUGAUGCACCUGUCCCAGCAGUGAGCACCAAAGCAAGUUAUCCUUCCCGUAAUCAUAGGAGAUUACUUGCUGGAGUGCAAAGAUGUACAUAACUUUGUUUUAAUUAACAUAGAAAUGGGGAAGAUAAAAUUACUGAUCUUAAUCAUUGGUUUAAAAAAAAUAAUUUGAUUAAGCAUUAAAAAAAGUAAAUUUAGAAUGAUUGGUAACUAUUGCACCAAAGUGUGUAAUGUCUUGUGAUAUUGUUUUAAACAGAAUUUGUAAUGUAGAUCACGGCAAUUAAAAUCUAUUCUUUCUUGA